CCACCACUCGUAUCCGGUCCAAUAGAGUCAAACAAUGUCCCAUUCAACAAAGAUGACCCAAAAAAAGAAUCUCACCAUAGUGUAAGAUUGUUUUAAACUUUAUUAAAUUUAAAAAGUAUUUCACUUACACUCAGUAGGUUAAAAAAUUGCAAUGAUAUAUGUAUAGCUGGCUGGCUAGCAUCAAACACCCAUCCUUCCAGAAUAACAAACAGCGUGGUGACGUCAGCAUGUCCCUCCUCCUCCACAUGCCUAAAUUUUAAGCUUGGCUCCUGUACUCUAUGUGAAAGGGCUUGUUAACCUGUUUAUGACUGGAAAGGGGAAAAUGUCAGCAACGGAAAAGGAAAUGCUAUGUACUGAGAAGAUUGAAAGACCACACUGGUGCAUAUGAAAAACUGAUAUAGUAUUAAUAUAAGUAUGUAUAAAUCAUUUUAGCCAUAUAAUACUUUUCAGACACAUGCCCGGUCCGCUGCUUAGUAACUGGUCACAGGUUUAGUUCCAUUAUAUAUGGUCUUAAACAUUUAACUCAAUGUUGUUCAUAACUGACAAAAUUCUUGUCUUUCAGAGCUGCUGAUUCAUCUCCUCAAGCCAUGGCGGUCUACAAAAUAAAUGUAGCCACUGGGUCAGACAUGGCUGCUGGCACCCUUAAUAAUAUCUUUAUUAUUCUUGUGGGCGAACACGGAGAAAGUGAGAAACACCAAAUAUCCCGUCACUGGAGCCACUUCUUACCUGGGUCUGUUACAGAAUUUGAUAUAAAUGUAGAAAAAGAUAUUGGAGAGCUCCUGCUUGUCCGCUUGACCAUGGAACGCUACUUAAAUUUUCUUCUAGAUGACUGGUUUUGCCAGUAUGUUAAUGUGACCAACCCCAGUGGUCAGCUUUACCAGUUCCCAUUCUAUCAGUGGAUAUCAAAACCUGGCUCUGUAGAGGUCCCAGAGGGUAAAGGUGUUAUAAUAACUGGGAGCACUCACCCUAUCCUCCUGAGACAAAGAAAAGCAGAACUGGAGAUGAACAGAGAAACAUACAAGUGGAAAGUUUAUGCAGAAGGUGUCGCUCGCUGCAUUGAUAUAGAAGAUGAUGGCGUGUUCAAGCUUCCCCCUAAUGACCAGUACUCCUUGCUAAAAGAAAUCAGUUUUGGCUACAACCUUCUUUCCAUGGGCUUUGGAACCAUGCUGAAGGGAUUUCUGUUUAACAAGGAUUUAUGGCAUAACCUAGAAGACAUCAAACUGCUGUCCACCCUGCGGCAAUCACAGAAAUCAGGAUUAGUGAGUGAGAUAUGGAAGGAGGAUUAUUUCUUUGGUAGCCAAUAUCUGAAUGGAGUUAACCCCUCACUAAUCAAGAAAUGCUUCAAGAUCCCAGAGAACUUUUCAGUUGUUGAUGAAAUGGUGGCUUCAUCUCUGGGGCCUUCCACAAAUUUAGAAACAGAACUUCAGAAUGGACACAUUUUCCUGGCAGACUAUAAAAUUCUUGAAAACAUUCCUACAAACACCAUCAAUGGAAAGCAACAAUACAUUGCGGCUCCUAUGUGUCUACUGUGGAAAAACCCUCAGGAUCAGCUUGUCCCAAUUGCUAUUCAGUUAUCUCAGACCCCUGGUAAACAUACUCCAGUCUUUUUGCCGAGUGACUCAGAAUUUGAUUGGUUGUUGGCCAAGACCUGGGUUCGGAAUUCUGAAUUCCAGGUACAUCAAAUUGACAUUCACCUUCUCCGCACACAUUUCUUAGCUGAGGUCUUCUCCAUUGCAACCACCAGGCAACUUCCAAUGGGGCACCCAUUGUAUAAGAUGAUUAUCCCACAUUUUCGCUACACACUGGAAAUAAAUGUUCUUGGCAGGAAACAGCUCCUUGCACCCAAUGGCCGCUUUGAAAAAGCUUGGGUGUUUGGGGAUGGGGGGAUUCCAUUACUCCUGAAAAGGGCCAUGGAAGGGAUGACAUAUCAUAAUUUGUGUCUCCCUGAUAACAUUGUAAGCAGAGGAAUGGAGUCCAUCCCAAACUACUUGUACAGGGAUGAUGGCAUGAAGAUCUGGUUAGCUGUGGAGAGUUUUGUUUCCAAUAUUGUUAAUUACUACUACACAAGUGAUGUGAUGGUCAAGGAAGACCCUGAACUUCAGGCCUGGGUGGCUGAGAUCUUCAAGGAAGGGUUCCUUCAAAAUACUUCUUCAGAAGUCCCAUCUUCCUUGAAGUCCAUAGCCUCUCUGAUCAAGUACCUGACUAUGGUGAUCUUUACAUGUUCUGCUCAGCAUGCAGCUGUCAAUAGUGGCCAGUUUGACACGUAUUCUUGGAUGCCCAAUGGCCCCACCACUAUGAAGAGUCCCCCACCCACUGCAAAAGGUGCUACAAUGGAAGAUAUUCUGAAGACAUUGCCAGAUGUCAACACUACAGCUCUUGGUUUGAUAUUUGUGUGGAUAGUAAGCAAUGAUCCCUUAGAUACGAGGCGUCUUGGAAACUAUCCUAAUAAAUAUUUUACAGAGAAGACCCCACAGCAGUCCAUUAAGGAAUUCCAGGAUAAACUCACAGAGAUCUCCAAACACAUAAAGGAGAGAAACAAGACCAUGGAUCUGCCCUAUGCUUACCUGGACCCAAGUGUUAUAGAGAACAGCGUUUCCAUAUAAUGAUAUUACAAUGGUUUAAAUUGG